AUGCAAACCGGAAACACCAUCUUCGUCGGACUGGGUGCAUCUUCACAAAACCUCCGGCCUUAUGGCUGGGCUCGUUCACUUACCUCCAUCGGCUCAUUUAUUUUGGGGUCAUUCCUCUUCGCACAACUGCAUCGAUGGUUAGGUUCCCGACGACGAGGAAGUCUGAUGGUAUCAUUCUUCUUGCAGUCCUGCUUGAUCCUGCUGACGGCAGGUCUUGUCGAAGGAGGAGCCAUAUCAAGUACACUUGAUGGAAAGCUCUCACAAAAGGUGCCCCCCUGGGAUCAAGAGGUCCCUAUUGUACUCCUGAGUCUUCAAUCCGCCGGGCAGAUUGUCGCAAGUCGUGCCUUGGGGUUCAAUGAGAUCCCGACCGUGGUUAUUACCAGUCUUCUUUGUGAUCUUAUGUCUGAUCCGAAGCUUUUCCUAUUGAGAAACGAGAAGCGCGACCGUCGAAUCAUUGCUUUCGUGUUGACGCUCGUGGGAGCAAUUGUUGGUGGAUGGGUUACCAAGGCCACCCAGGCGAUUUCUCCCAUCUUGUGGCUAACUGCGGGAAUCAAAGCUAUGCUUGUCCUGGCUUGGGCCUUUUGGAGGGCCAAGUAG